AUGUCUCUCCUCGGAAAGAAGUUCCCCGGUCUCUUGGCUGGCCCCAUGACUCCUUUCUUCGCUGCCGGUGUCAUUGUUCUCUACGGUGUCAACUCUCUGCAGAACGCUCUCUCCAACACUGCCGAGUUCAAGAACGACCCCCGCAACCCCAACGCCAAGGGUGGUAACUCCCACUAA